CAUAGAAUUAAGGAGAGCGAUGGCUCUGAACCUAAAGCUCGUUUUGAGCAUGACAUUGUACUGAUUAGGCAGCUGCUUAAUCAACUCAUGCCUCAAAAUAUGACUGGGGUCACCUUGCUAAAGGUGUACAGACUAGGUAGUCUAGCGGACUUGAAACCGAAUGAUUCCAGACUGCUUAAAGUAGUAUUCGGCUCUUCAAACGAACGUAACCUAAUUUUACAAAAUGGACACAAAUUAAAGGGUUCAGGAGUCUUUAUCCGAAAGGACCUACCGUUGGCAGACCGUGUUAAAAGACGGGAAGCCGAGAAAGAACUACAACAUAGGUUAGACGCUGGCGAAAAGGACCUAAAAAUUGUAAGUUUUCGGGUUGUAAGACUUCGACAGAGAAUGAUGCCGAAGCCACUCUGGGUGAAGCACGAAGGCACUUAAACAGGCUUCGGAUCUGUUACACCAAUGCACGAAGCUUACUUAAUAAGCGAUCGGAACUAGGUGUACAGAUUGACUCUACAAAGCCAGAUAUAAUCGCAGUAACAGAAACCUGGCUGACACAGGCUAUGGAUAGUAUAGAACUUGAUUUCGAGGGCUUUACGUUAGUAAGGGCCGACAGAACACAAAAGUGCAAAGGAGGGGGAGUAGCUCUAUUCAUUAGGACUGCUAUCCCAUUUACCAUUAUCGAUAGUGUAUCCCAUGAGAGUGAGACGUGUGAAUUAGUUAGUCUUCGCUUAAAAUGCAAGGGACAAGAGCUUCUGAUUGGUUUGGUCUAUCGCAGUCCAAGCUGGGAGGCAAAUGAGAUCCUGUUAAGCAGUCUCAAUACUUGGUCCCAAAGUGGUCGAUGUCUAAUCCUAGGAAACUUUAAUGCACCUAUGGUAGACUGGGAAAAUCUGCGAACUAAAUCGUCGGAGAAUUCUUUCGAGCAGGAACUAGUUGAUAGGGUUAUCACAUGUGCUCUAGUGCAACAUGUGAAAGAAGCGACAAGGUACGAUCCGGACACUGAAUCAUCACUAUGAGGAUGAUGUUGCGAACCUCCAUCAUAUGCCACCCUUAGGUAAAAGUGACCACGCAGUUUUAACUUUCGACUUCCAUAUAACUGCCAGUCAUGAGGACGCGUCAGUCCAGUCCAGACCCAACGUCUGGAAAGCAAACAUACCAGACAUCAUGCACUCAGCAUCGUUAAUAGAUUGGACAAUAGACCCAGAGUCCUCCAUUGAAACGGCCUGGGACGCAUUUCGAAAUUCAUACUUAAAAGUUACCACACCUCACAUCCCUUGGACUAUACCAAAGGGGCCGAAAAACUCACCACCAUGGUUCAGUAGGGAGGUCCGUAUCCUUCUCCGUAAGAAAAGGAAAACGUGGGAUAUAUUUAGGUUACUGGGGACUGAUGAGUCAAAAUCUCAGUAUCGAAAGGCUCGGAACACUUGUGCCUCGACCCUCCGUAAGUCUAGAAAAUUGUACGAAGAAAAACUUGUUAAGGAAUCCAUAGAAUGUCCUAAACGCUUGUAUUCCUAUAUAAACCAAAGGACAAGGAGAAAAGGAAAUAUUCCUGCUCUAUGGGGAGACAGUACUUUUUCAUCAUUAGUGGAGGACGACUUUGGUAAGGCUCAAGCGUUCUCGAACUACUUUAGCAACGUGUAUACCAUAGAAGCGCCCUUCUCGUCAGCGUAUACAGAUCCCCCCAUACAUACACUGAAUAGCGUGACCAUUAAAGAACUCGAUGUCUUUGGUCUGCUAAAUAAUCUUGACAUAGGUAAAUCCACGGGGCCCGAUGAAUUACAUCCUAGGCUACUGAAGGAAUUAUCUAACUUCGUUGCAAGCCCUUUAAGUACAUGCUUUAACCUAUCCGUUACGCAGGGUCGCUUACCGAAAGAUUGGAAAAACGCCAUAGUAAGUCCUGUCUUCAAAACAGGCACGAAACACAAACCUGAGAACUACCGCCCCGUUAGCCUAACUAGUGUGGUUGUUAAAAUAUUAGAAAAGAUUAUUCGGAAGAAGCUGUUUAAGUAUCUCGAUAAAAACCGGAUCCUCUCGGAGAAGCAGCACGGCUUCAGAAUAGGUUAUUCUUGUCUCACUAACUUAUUAGUGGCUCGUGAAAGCUGGUGUGCUCUUAAGGACCAAAAGCUACCUGUAGACGUCGCCUUCAUUGAUUUCAGUAAAGCUUUUGAUAAAGUUCCGCACAACCGGCUGUUAUAUAAGCUAAGAAAAGUCGGGAUUGGAGGCAAUUUAUUGAUGUGGAUAAAAGACUUCUUAGUUGGGCGUCAACAAAGAGUUCGGGUGAACUCAAAGUUAUCUAGCUGGGAAACUGUGCUUAGUGGAGUGCCCCAGGGUACAGUUUUGGGGCCAGUGCUAUUCCUCUUGUAUGUAAAUGACCGUCCUCGUCUCCCAUCAUCAUCGGUCUUGCUAUAUGCUGACGAUGUCAAGAUAUGGAGAACGAUACGAUGUGAGGGUGAUAGCUUAGAACUUCAAAAUGACCUGAAGAAGUUAUCUGAAUGGUCUCAAACAUGGCAGUUGCCGAUAAAUACUUCCAAGUGUGUUGUGAUGCAUAUCGUUCAUCAAGGCACAGAUACAUACACGAUGAAUAACACUGAGCUACCUGUCGUCCAGACAUGUAAUGACUUAGGAGUUAUCGUUAGUCAAGACUUAAAGACUACUGCACACUGCCGUGCAAUAGCCGCCAAAAGUUUUAGAACGUUAUGGUCAAUACGUAGGGCUUUUAGUCAUGUCGACGCUAAGACGUUUUUGACUUUGUAUACAGUGUUCGUUCGUCCUAAACUUGAGUACUGCAUACAAGCGGCUAGCCCCUGCUUAAAAAAAGACAGUGAGCUUCUGGAAAAGGUUCAGAGAACGGCGACUAGGCUGAUUCCCGGAAUAGCGAAGCUUCCGUAUGAAUCUCGACUGGCCAAGCUGAACCUUUUCCCGUUGUCAUAUCGCAGAACUAGAGGCGACUUGAUUACAGUCUACAAAUUGCUUAGUGAUAAAUUUGCACCUAACAUGCCCUCAUUUUUCUUGUCUUCCAAAACAGAGAAUUUACGAGAACACUCAAAAAAAGUUCACAAGCCGAGAACAAAUUACUUGUCAGCUGACUAUCGACUUUCCCAUCGAAUCAUCAACGAGUGGAAUUCACUACCUCAGCACGUGGUUGAGGCUCCAUCCAUCGACUCUUUCAAAAGAAAGUUGGAUCAACUGAGAGACCACCAUUGCCGGGACUAACAUAGGCCAUCGAGCCUCCUGUCCUUCCCAAACUGAAACUGAAACUUUUGGUCAUUCGGUUGCAUGUAUGUACCUAACAUCAACGACUAUGAUUUGGAAGGAUAAGUAGUAACUUUGGGUCAAACAGAGUCACGAAGCUGAGCUCACGAACCGAUAUAUGGUUACUUAAUGACACUACUGUUCGAUAUGUUAACUUCUAUUAUGUAUGCCUACCGGAUUUGGGGCUGCACCUGAUAUACGAGUUAGUUGGAUGUCGUUCUGUUCACCUUGAAGUGCAUUAUGUGAAUUUUGUGAUGGUUAUUAAGUCUAGUACAGCAAAUAAUAAACACCAGUGACCAGAUAGUACUAUUAAUACACCAGUAACUAAAUUAAUACGAGAAAAAUAAGCUAGUCUAGGUAAAGACAGCUGGUCGGUCGUACAACUCACACUUAAAAUAAACUCGCAUUUAUUGACUUCUUAUGAAAACCGGGGUAUAUACUUUUGACUUGCCAAAGUUAGUUUAACUAGUAAAUAAGACCAACUGCACUACGCUUAACUACACAUUGGAAAAGAAGCCAACGAUCUUUGUGUAAGGUAACUAACAGUCAAACGACAACCACUGGUCAUAGAAACUGUAUUCUCCCAUGAAUAAUUGUACGAGGUCAAUGUAAAGAGAAACUUUCAGAUCGAACUAAUAUUAUGAAGGCCAACUGAGUACAAUAAUUCAGCAAAACAUUAGUUGAGUAACAAGCCCAGAUCAGAAGGCUAGGCUCAAAACCAUUUAGUAAUGGUGUGUGUAUAAUACAUUAUCCAGCCCAUCAAGAGGCAAUUUAGAAAUAUGAAGGCAAGUGUUCAAGUAACUUUAGGAUGUAAAACGACUUUUUAUAUUUUCAUAUGAAUUAGUGAUCAAAUCGGGAACCUGGCUUAACUGGUCAUCCUAAAACUCGGUGAACAGAGAACCCUCACUAAAGUUAAAAUAUAUUAAUUGACUAAAUAUCACUACUCAAAUUUAUCAAAGGUUUUAAGCAACGGCAGUGUGGAUCAGGUAAGAAAAGUUAUGCUACAAACAAGC